UUCACCUGGCCACACUAAGAAAAUGCAGGAAAGGCAAAAAAAUAAACGCUGACCAUAACAAACUGUGCAACAACAUAAAGAUAAGCAACAAUAACAUGUUCGUGAAAUCAAUUCCUUUGUUUAAAUAAAUGAUUGGGUCCCGUGACGACCUCUUCAGCGGGAAAUGCGAGCCCCGAAGUUCCGCAAAUAGAGUUUAAAGGUCAAAUAUCAGCUGAAACUGCGCAGACAACAAAAGCAUUAUUUAAAUGAAUAAUAAUAAUCGUAAAGCUUUGUGGUGGGCUGAUUCACUUGUUUACGCAGAGACUUUUAUCAAGCGAUUUGAUAACCUGUAAGCUAAAGCCAUAGUCGUCACUCCUGCAAAUCGCAUUUUGCACAUCGCACAAUGAGGCUCAAAUCGGGAAUAUUUCUGGUGCUGCUAUUGGCCACUUUUUUGGGUCUAGGCGAAUGCUUUUGGCCCUGGCCUUUUACCAAAAAACACAGGUCAAACGAACCUCCUCCUCCACCGCCCCCUGAACCCAAGCUAUCGCCCGUGAUUUUUGUUCCCGGCGAUGGAGGCUCUCAGAUGGAUGCGCGCCUAAACAAGUCCAGCGCUCCCUAUUUAAUUUGCCAAAAGACCCACGACUGGUAUAAUCUCUGGCUGGAUCUCGAGCAGUUGGUCAUUCCGAUGGUCUAUUGCUGGAUUGACAAUGUCAAGUUGUAUUACGACAAGGUCACCAGGACCACCCACAACACGCCCGGUGUGGAAACGAGGAUUCCCGGAUGGGGCAAUCCGGAGGUCGUCGAGUGGAUCGAUCCAACUAAAAACAGUGCCGGAGCCUACUUCAAGGACAUUGCCAAUGUGCUGGUGGAUCUGGGCUAUGUGCGCAAACUGAACAUCCAUGGAGCACCCUACGACUUCCGCAAAGCGCCGGAUGAAAACAAGCAGUUCUUCAUCGAUCUCAAGCAAUUGGUGGAGGACACUUACGAGGCCAACAAUCAGUCGGCUGUCACCUUUAUCACGCACAGCAUGGGCAGUCCCAUGACCCUCGUGUUCUUGCAGCAGCAGACAGUCGUGUGGAAGGCUAAAUACAUAAAAAGGAUGAUAAGCCUCGCUGGAGCUUGGGCUGGCAGCUUUAAGGCAGUGAAGGUGUUCGCCAUGGGCGACGAUCUCGACUCGUUUGCUCUGAGUGCGAAGAUCCUUAAGGCCGAGCAGAUAUCACACCCAUCCACUGCUUGGCUCCUGCCGUCGCCGCUCUUCUGGAAACCAUCGGAGGUUCUGGCCACGACCCCGAGCAGAAACUAUACAAUGGCACAGCUCAAGGAGUUCUUCAACGAUAUAGACUACAUGACGGGCUGGGAGAUGCGCAAGGAUACGAUUAAAUACAGCCGAAACUUUAGUCCACCCGAUGUGGAGCUGCACUGUCUGUAUGGCGAUGGCAUAGACACAGUGGAGAGAUUGCAGUACAAAAAGUCGGCUAUUGCCGGGGAAACGCCAAAGCUUAUAAUGGGUCUGGGCGAUGGGACUGUAAAUCAACGCUCUUUACGAGCCUGCCAAUAUUGGGCGGGUUAUACCAGCUCUCCGAUAAACACAUUGGCCCUCCAGGGCGUUGACCACAUGCAUAUCCUGUCCAAUCCAGAUGUCCUUAAAUAUGUUCGCACUGUCAUGCAGCAGCCGUAAUUUCUAGUGUCCUGUUUAAUUAGGCUAAGAACUUCUUGAUUUCAAAAUCCCAUGCGGUAUCUGUGAAAUUUAAACACAAAACAAUGCCAAUUUUAAUGUUAAAUAAAUGUAAUUUGUUAAGUAGAACAAACCUAAAGAAGUAUA